CGGCGAUACGAAUAAACAAAAGACGGUCGGGAGGCGUUGAAUGGACCGAAAGUGACGUUUUGUUCUCCGAUUUCCGUAUUUUCCGUCGCACUUCUUAGCUGAGACGCGCAUUCACGAGCGGACAGCUGGACACUUUGCUGUCCCGAUAUUCUGAAGUGUCUGCGAUGGUUCAGUGAAGGAAUAAUAGUGGCAGGAAUCCGCAUCAUGGAGAAAUUCACCGUGGACCUGGACAAAGUUCUGGACGAUUUCGAGGGCACCGAAGAGGGUCAGGAGGAGUGCAUCAUCGAGCAGGACAGGAAGGUCCUCCCUGAGGCCCGUGUAGAACGCCCAUUCGAUGACCAGGACAGAAAACCCGACCUCAUCGCACCGAUGGAAGGUGGUGUCGGCGGCCUUCCUGACGUAUGCAAAGACGACGGCCCAAAAGAGGAGCCGAGGGAAAUCAAUACAAUUGAAUCUCUCGAUCCAAAUGACGAGUCUUCGACAUCUUCCUUGUCCACGGACGAGACCCUUUCUGAAAUACCUCUGGCAGCUACAGAGCCUCCACCUCAAGUUGAAGCUGCUCCAGAGCCACUUGUCAUCCUAGCAGAGCCGCCGCCUCCCGCUGCUCUUGUCCUUCCUGAAGAGGUACCAACGCCAGUCGUCACAGAAGAGGUGAUUCAGCUGGUAGCUGAAGAACCAGCCACCGAGGAAGUGAUCACCGUUCAGGAGGAGCCUCCACAGGUCGUCUCCUUCAGUGCUCCUGUCCACAUAACUGAUGCAGAACUAGACGAGAUGCUGGAGGACCUGGACCAUUCUGACGUUGCAACUCCCCAGGCUGAGGAGGUGCCGCAGACCCUUAUUGAGGAGAGAAAUGAACCAGUGGAGGAGGCGACCGUGGUGGCAGCGGAGGAGGAACUGGAAGCCACUUCUGAGGAUAUGGAGACUGAAACUGGCAGCAGCGAUCAGAGCCCGGCAUUUGUGCAAAGAGAGGUUCUUGAGCCUGAUGACGCAAGUGGAAAUGAUGAAAGGAGAGGCUCUGCAGUCAGACCACAGUCGCUGCAGCUGAAUGAGGAUGAUGGACAGCAACGUUUAGUGACAGUUGGACCACCUGGGAACACGCCAGGAACAAGUGCAUACCCCAGCCCACCAAAUAGUCCAGGUUCCAGUUCGCCGCGGCCGUCGUUAUUGCAGACACUGGGUCAGAUGGCGCCGUACUGGAUCCCUGACUCUGAGGCCCCAGCAUGCAUGCACUGCGAGGCAAAAUUCACCAUGAUUAAGCGCAGACAUCACUGCAGAGCGUGCGGCAAGGUGUUGUGUUCGAGAUGCUGCAACAGUAAAGCGAAACUUAAGUACCUGGACAACAGCGAAGCCCGAGUGUGUCAGAGCUGUUAUCCAAUCCUAAAAGCAGCAGCCGAGGAUGAGGAGUCUCCGACAACGCGCUCCCCAAAUCCCAACAACCCAAUGGAGUACUGCUCAACAGUGUCACCCCUGCAGCAAGUGUCGGCCAACCAGCGGCCGCCGUCGGUCAUGGUGCCGGUUGGCGUGCUGAAGGACCGGAACAAGCCGCGCGGCGAGCCCAAGCAGGUCGUCUUCAGUGACGGAGUGCGUCCGGGCGGUGAAAGGACAAACCGAACGUCUCCAGAGAAGCGAGGUGCCGAGGCCCUUGUGCCCCCUGACCUCGCGUCCUACACGCUCCUUUCAGACUCAAGUUUCGAGGAGGAGAAAGUGCUAGACGCCAUCCGCAAUGAGACAGAGCCGCCGGUUGUCUUUGCACUUGGGAAGAAUCUCUUUGUCUUAGUGAAAAUUGUCAAUUUAAAUUGUUGUGUCCACCGGACUGUGUGGUGUCUGACGACAAGAGGGCUUCGCUGCGAGGGCCAGGACGAAAUGGUCUUCAUUUUGGAAGCCCGGCCUGACGACCGCCUGCCCAGGGACAUUUUCGCGCACAUCCUGCGCGUCCACUCCGAAGCUAGUCGUGGCAACACGGUGACCGAGAUGGGCCACUCGACCCUGUCUGGGCAGCUGGGUGGCUUCCUUUAUAUCAGACCCACUACGCAGUGCCUGCAGAGACUCAUCCUACCGCCGCCGCCCUUCCUUGUCGCUCUGCUCUUGCAGAAAUGGGAGGUGCCGUGGGCCAGGCUUUUCCCCCUCAGACUUGUCCUCCGUCUGGGCUAUGAAUUCCGUUACUACCCCUGUCCACUGUUCAGUUUGAGAGAGCGACAGCCUGUUUUCUGUGAAGUUGGCCAAACCAUUUUAGAUCUUUUAGCUGAUUUUCGCAAUUUUACAUACACGCUGCCGUGCAUUCAAGGCCUUGUGAUUCACAUGGAGGACAAAAAGACAUCCUUGCUCAUUCCCCGCAACCGUUACGACCAAGUGGCCAGGGUGCUUAGCAACGCCGCUGACCACGUACUGGCCCUGGGUGCCUCCUUCAGCCGAGAUGCCGACUCGCAUUUGGUGUGCGUGCAGGGUGAGGACGAGACCUACACCUCUAAGGCGAUCAGCAUCCAGAACACGGCACGCAAAACCACUGGAGCGAGUUUCAUCGUUUUCAAUGGAGCUCUGAAAAGCACUGCCGGAUUAUCAGCCAAAUCAUCCAUUGUCGAGGAUGGGUUGAUGGUUCAGGUACUGCCUGACACAAUGCAGACCCUGUGCAAUUCUUUGAAGGAGAUGAAGGACUUUACAAUCGCUUGCGGACCGUCAGGCGCUGAAACGGAAACAAUUAACAUUCAGUGGGUGAAGGAGGAUCGUUAUUUCAAUGUUGGUGUUAGUAGUCAGGUUGAUGGAACAAAACUAGAGGGUGUGCCUUCGAUUCGGGUGCACAAUGGAACUGAUUACCGAGGGGAAAGGUGUUUUAUCCGUUGGACUGAAGUUUUUCUUCUUAAAGUUAGUGAGGAUGUGGGCGCAGCUAGAGGAGACUUAGACAUUAGUCGUGUGUCUAGCAACGUUGCUCGUGCCUUUUGUGUGGCCCUUGUGCCCCUUCUUGACAUGCUUGCUGCAGCUGGACUAUUAAUUCUGGCUGUCCGCAUCACUCUUCAUCCUGAGCAGGUUGGCUUUGAGGCUGGUAGCGGCGGUGAGAAGCUGCCCCCUAUCUACAUGCAGAGUCUGGACGACGAACUAGUACCGGUGAUCCAUCAGGCAGCUUCGCAGGUGGUCGAAGGCUCGACCGUGCUCGAGCUGGUCUUCAGUGUGAUGAGGCAUUGAUCAGACAAAUUUUAUUCUUUUGUGGCCAAUCUCUUGAGACAUGUUGUUUACUCCUCCCUGAUCAAUUGUGAUUAUUGCUUGUAAUACAUAUUUCAAUAAACAAACAUAUUUUGAAGCUAGUGUCUAGAGUUAAAA